AUGAGAAAGAAAUUCCAGUUUAUAGAACAAAAGAAAGGAAUAUCUAAGACCCAGGGUCUCAUAUAUAAAAUCUUUCUAACUACAGCAGGAAUUGAUGAAACAGCUCUUAAUGAUUAUAUGGGAAAGAAGCAAUGCAUUCAUUACGAAUUAGUUAAAAAGAUGCUGGAAAGAGAAAGAGAAGCCAAUGACAAACUACUGGCUGAAAUAAAUUCUAAAAAAUUAGCUGAACGAUCAACUCAAACCUCAAAUUUUUCUUUUGAAAGAUUGAGUAUCAUGAUCACUGAUUAUGAUAAACCCAACGAAAAAAUAAGGAUCCCCCCCUUCAUUUUUUCCAAUUUUCUAGUCCUUUAUUAUUUGUCCAUUUUUCUAGUUUUUUUUAAUAGGAAAAAAAAUUUUUUUAGGACCUCAUUUGUCUAAUUUUCUAGUCAAAAUUUUGAUAGUAAAAAAAAAUUUUCAGGACCUCAAUUGUCUCAUUUUCUAGUUUUUUUAAAGCAAAAAUUCGAAAAAAUCCAAAGAAGACUAGAAAAUGGGACAAAUCAUUUUUGACUAUAUAAAUUUUAUUAAAAUUUUUUUUUUUGAAAUUUAAAAAAAUCCUAAUUCGCAAAAAUUUGAAAGCAAAUAUAAAUUUAAUUUAUAAAAUUUAUGUUUUAAAAAGCAAUUCGCUUUAAAAUUAAACAGAAUCAGCUCUAGAUUUCAUUAUACUAAUUAUCACUUAUAUAUCAAAAAUUUUUUUUCCAUAAAAAAUUUUUGUAUUAAAAAAAAUUUUUGUUCACUCACGGAGGGUGGGUGGGUUUUUGGGCAAAAAAUAGCGAUUUUUCUAAUGGUUUUUUGUUCACUCACGGAGGGGGGUGGAGUUAGAAAAAAAAGACUAGAAAAUUGGACAAAUGAGGGAGGGAUCCUUACCAAGAUUGCAUCUGUGCAAGACAGUCAUCAAGCUUCAACCGAAGUGAUAUCGCUGAGCAAGAGUUUUCCUCAAUGCCUGUCUCUCUUGACUUAUCAGACUCUAGCUCCGACUACUCAGUCUCAAGCCAGUCACAAUUUUCAUCAAGAAAUUCCAUUAUAUUUCCUGAUCUCCCUAUCAAAACUUUAUGUGAUGAAAAUUUAUCCACAUCAAUCAAUUCUCCAGAUCUUAAAACUCCUGCGAAGCCUCGCACAAAAGUGCCGCCUCUUCGCAUUGAUAAAAUCCCGCAAUACAAUCCGUUUGACAACCCUGUCUCAUUUGAGAGUGGUAUGUCAAGUUUAUCGUUUUCAAAAAACUCAUGAUUAUUAAGCUCGUUUAAUUUUUCAGAGAACAGUUCAGGAUUAUUUAAUUUAUCGUCAUCUCCGAGAACUCCAAAAGCUGAUGUAGGCUGCCACAUAAAUCCAGAACUUCUUGCGUAUUAUGGAAUAAAAUCUAACCCUGGCGACGAUGGAGUCUCAGCACCGACAUCUAUGUCCUCUUCAAGGUUUUUACACAGUAGAGAAUGGUCUAAUUGUUCGGGAAUUGACGAAGAAAAUAUAGCUGUGUAUAUUCCAAGAAUUGUACCAGUUGCGUUCUCUGUCAUUUCAAAUCAAUUUCCCAAGUAG